AUGUUGCCCUGUCAGCUUUUGAUGUAUGUUUGCCGGUACGGGCAUGGUUUUGAGGAGCUGCCCAUUAUGACGAUUCCGUCUCGCUGGAGCAUGGCCGAGGCCACGAAACUGUUCCCUCAGCUUGAGAAAAGCGCGUCGUCAAUUGAUACAGUAACGAGCACCAUCAAGUUAAGAAAUUCUGCAAGAUGGAGAGCUAUGUCCGCAGCAACGUUGUCUUCUACUAGCAACGUUAACCAUACGAAGAUUGUUUUAGGUUCUAAGGCUCGUGUCGCUUACGUCCUUCUUCGUCGCCGAGAAAGUGGAAAUGUUGUCGUUCUGUCAUCUGAGGAGAAGUACACCAUGGCAAAGAGUGUGUUUGAACCGUUGUUGAACCAUCUACAAAGCCUUUCGGGUACUGGCUUCUACAAAGCGCUUGAAAAGUGGGAGGAUUUCGUGGCUGAUGCCGUGAAGAAUACUGACAAAGCCAGCGACACUAGUGACACGGACGAAGACAACUAUGAUGUGGACAUUACGGAUUAUUACGAUGCCGUACAGCUAGUGGAAGAAAUGGAGAAGAUGCAGUAUGAGGAGGAGAAGGAGGAGGCGGACAUUUGCCCGCCAACGCAACCAUCGACUGUGGUCACGUUAACACAGUCGGCGACGUUACCAGAGCAAGCAACGUUAACAGAGACAGCUGCCAAUAGCGCGAACGCGCCGACAACAUCACCAUUACCAGCGACAUUAUCCGCUACGGCAACGUUACCCGCCUCCGUUGAACCCGGUGCAGCUCAAGGUGUACACGUAACCGCCGCUGAGAUGCCGUUAUCAGCAUUUGCACCGGCCACGUACUCCGAGUUUGAAGAAGCAUCAGUAUCGCAAAUAUCUCUUGGGGAUAUCAAUAUGUCUGAAUCGUCACAGCGUAUCAUUGAGGCCACGAAUGACACUGUACUGGGCGUUGAGGCUGAUUCAACGCCAGCUCAACGUGGCUCCAAUAAGCACGUGCCUGUUACAGAGCUAGUAGCUGGCAGUCAAAAGAGAGAAAUCGAGCUCAAUCUUCCCCGUCCCCACCAAGGGAAACCUCGAAAGAAGCUACGGCAGAAGUGGUCCGCGGUUGCUGCUAAACCACGCUAUGUGAUAGUCGAGUAUCCGAGGGGUCUGACAGUGACAGUGGCCGAGGUCGUGAAGUGGGCGCUAUAUACACCGAGCCUUAAAACUGUUGCUGAUAUUCUGGAAAGAUUUCCGUGUAUCAUGAAUGAACAAACUUUGCGUGGACGAGCCCGACGUGUCAAGGAAGUGACCCAACAGACUGCCUCAUCGUACUGUUAUAGCUACGUGAUACCCAAGGACCUGGUCGUCUCAUUGCAAGCUGCAAUCAAUGACUUCAGGGCUUCUAAAAAGGACGAGUGUAAAGACAUACAGAAGGCGCCGGAGGUGGUUGAUCUUACAUCGACACCCAGCUCGUCGGAUGACAAGACCUUAGCCGUCUGGGUUACACCACGUCUGGAACCAUUUUCAAGUGAAUGCGUACACACGAUGACGACGUUCUACGAAAUCAAAAGAAGUUGCGAUUGGUGGGAAAGAGACCUGGAUUGGAUUACCCAGGAUUGGAUGAAGGUCACUGGGAGGCCCAUUGAGUUUUUCGCUGCUCAGACUGACUCAGACGGCAAGGCAGCACCUGAGGCAAAACAAAGACUAACGCACCUAUCCUUUGAGGUCAGUGCAUUGUUUUCAUCGGCGUGUUGCCACACAAAAUUCUACCACAAAGACCCUACAAAGGGAAUCUUCUUCCAGGAAGUGGUAGGAUACGUGGCAGACCGUGCGUGGCUAAACGAUGCUGUGCUAAACUACGCUCUGGAUAUCAUAACCACCAGCCACCUGGGUGUGCACGUACUUUCGUCGUUUGUGGCCGACCAACGGACGUUCCCGUCUCCCCCGCGAGCCAAGCUUUUUUCAAUGAGAUUCGUCAUACUCCCCAUUAACAUCAAGAGUUCUAACUGGACGCUGAUUGUGGUAGCUGUGCAUCGACACGGCACGAUCACGGUGCACAUGUACGAUCCGCUUUGUACCACAGGGUACAGAAAACGAAUGGAGAAAAUAUGGACGGCUAAACUACUACCGUAUCUUCGUGCAUGGCACUCGCAGUGGGAAAGCCAGGUGGCGCGGCAAGAGGAGCACCCCUUCCCAGCAGACGUGGACAUUGAAUGGUUAAUGUCGCCCAUGCAACCCGAUGGAUAUAGCUGUGGUGUAAUGGUCGCAGCGAUGGCAUACUCUUUUAUCUACGGUGGCCGUGGAUUCACGGUCGAUGCUGUAACGCGAGACGUUGUGAAAGUAAUGCGGCUAAGGUUGCUGUGGGUAAUAUUAUGCGGAUCACACGUCGAACCUAUUGAAGAAUCACUUCAAAUUGAAGCUAAACGGAUCGGCAAGCAGAUUACCGCCGCUUUUGGAAAAGGAAGUAAGAAGAUUUGGAACUAG